AUGAAGUUUUCACAUUCGUUGUUGUUUUCUACCGUUCCGGAGUGGCAGUCAUACUACGUCUCUUAUGAUUCAUUGAAAGCAACGAUCUAUAAAAUCGAAAAGGAUCAAGCAUCAUCCCAUCAAAAACGGCUUCGACGAUCAAACCAACCAUCCUCACAUCCAUCCGGACUUGGACCUUCAUCUAACCUUGAGCUACCAGAUAACGAGAACAACGAGUCAACUGGCUUGCUAGAAAACCAUGACGAAUCACCUGAUCAGACUACCUCAACCAUUGAACACCACUCCGAUCCCGACACUCUCACCCCUUCUGACCGGAUGUUCCUGGAAUUAUUAUCUCAAGAACUUUCAAAAGUCGAACAGUUUUAUCAGUCAAAACAACAAGAGCUCAUCGACGAACUCAACGGUCUGACCAACGAGAUAGAGUCGAUCGAGAAGCAAGGAAUGCAACUGAUCCAAGACAGCUUCAAUCAAUCGGCUCGCUCGACUGAAGAGGCCAUCGAGGACGAGGACGAUGAAGAGGACGAUGACGAGGAGGAUGACGGCCGGGGCGACGAGGGACCCUCGAAUAACUCUGCUCGCCCCCGUCGCAUCUCCCCCUCAACCAAGCGACAACAGCUGUUGAAAUCGGCCUCGAUCUUCGGAAUCUUACCAAUCCUCGGCUUCUCUUCCAAAGCUAGUCGCUCACGUCGCUCCAAGUCGUUGAGUCGCUCGCGUGCCUCGUCCACGAAUCCGACUCCGCAUCGGAUGCCGAAGAAUGUAAACUCUCAUUUAAUUGACGUCAACCCUUCGACCUCUGUAGCAGCCACGAAGCCUGCCUCUCCGACCACCCCGAUGGCUACUUCGAAUGCUGCCCGCGGCUCUACAUCUCUUGACGUGAACACUCGAGCCACUCAACAUGAUUCCUCUCAACAACGCUCAGCUAUCUCCAAAUGGCUUCCUCACUCACCGAAAACCUCGAGAAGCUUAUCACUAGGGUCCCAAGGUCCUCAGAAGCGACCAUUGCAGAGCGCCAUCGCCCCAAACCUGUCCGAGUUUUGGAUGUCAAAUGUAGAAUUCAUUCAUGAUUCUCGGGUAUUCUUCAAGAGACGAAUCACUCAAUUGUUCGUCAACUUGAACUCCUUGAAAACUUACAUCGAUCUGAACUUUACUGCGUUCCGAAAGAUCUUAAAAAAGUACGACAAAGUCUUCGGAAGCUCACUCUCAUCCCACUUCUUAGAGGAAUGCUUACUCCAUCAAUCCCGAGCUUUCAAUCCUACCACCAUCUCUCAGCUCCAAGCCCAUUUAGAAUCACUCUUCCCAAUCUAUGCUCGUCUGAUCACUCAAGGGGAUGAAGAUAUGGCUAGAAAACAACUGAACGCCCAUCUGAGAGAACAGGUGGUCUGGGAACGUAAUACGAUCUGGCGGGACAUGAUUGGAAUGGAACGGAAGGGAUGGGCAAACUCUAGGACGGUGAUCGACAAGCCUUUUGCGAGAACCAACACCGGGAAUCUUGACACUACUCAAGCCAUGACAACCAUUCCGCCGAAACCAAUGAGCUUUCAGCAGGCUCUCAAGAACCUAGCCAAGUUGAAAUUUUGGACGAAGGUCUUGCUUAACCCUUCCGUGUUUUGGUGUCUGGUAGCCGCUUUCGGAUUCAUCGCCAGCAUGAAAUAUUCCAAUUUCAAAUCGGAGCCCGAACGAAACUGUCUGGCGAUGCUGGUGUUUGUGGUCGUUUUAUGGACGUCGGAAGCCCUUCCGUUGUUUGUUACGGGGAUGUUUGUUCCUCUGUUAGUGAUAGUUUUACGGGUGAUUAGAGAUAAGACGAAGAACGAUGAACGAAUGGAUUCAAGCCACGCGGCCGUCUUCGUGUUUGGGCAAAUGUUCAAUCCGACGAUCGUUCUCUUGCUCGGCGCAUUCACCUUGGCGGCCGUUCUCUCGAAACACAACAUCGACAAAGUUAUGGCUGCUAAAUUACUUAGCUUCGCUGGCACCAAACCCAGGGCGGUCCUGUUUGCGUAUAUGGCUGUCACCUGUUUUGCUUCGAUGUGGAUCAGCAACGUUGCAGCACCAGUACUGAGUUAUUCUCUCGCUCAGCCGAUAUUGAGAACAAUCCCAACUCGAUCACCAUACACAAGAUCUCUCAUCUUAGGUAUUGCAUUGGCAGCAGACAUCGGUGGCCAAGCCUCUCCGAUUGCUUCACCACAAAACCUGAUUGCACUGUCAUACAUGAGCCCACCGCCGUCUUGGAUCGUCUGGUUUUCGAUCGGCAUCCCGAUCUCCACUUUGACAGUCAUCUCGACGUGGGCCAUAUUAACUUGGUCAUACGAGCGAGAAUUCAGUUACUCGAAGGGGACAUUCGAUCUAGAGGAAGAAGAUCCUCAACUGCGACAUCUCGCACCUCGCUCUAAGAAUAAUGAACCGAUCGUUUACAUCAAACCGAUCCCCAAUCCCAAAGACCCCUUCUCACUUUCGCAAUGGUUUAUCUUAGUCGUCUCAUUCCUUACGAUCCUCCUCUGGUGUUUCGAAAACCUCUUCCACGGUUAUUUUGGCGAUAUGGGUGUCAUCGCCUUGCUUCCCAUGAUCAUCUUUUUUGGGUCGGGUCUCUUGAGAAAAUCGGACUUCGACAAUUUCCCAUGGUCGAUUGUAUUUUUGGCAAUGAGUGGGAUUGCUCUAGGCAAAUCGGUCUUAUCAUCUGGAUUGUUGGACGACAUGGACAUUCUGAUCGAACGAGUAUUGAAAGGGCUCACUCUAUGGCCGAUAACCGUCAUCUUUGGAUUCCUCGUCUUGAUCAUUUCUACUUUUAUCAGCCAUACCGUUGCGAGCGUCUUAUUGAUCCCGAUCGCAUUCGAAAUUGGCAAUUCAAUGAGCGUCAAUCACUCGAGACUGUUGAUCUUCUUGACCACUUUUAUCUGCUCGACUGGCAUGGGCCUGCCCGUCUCUUCGUUUCCCAACCAGACUGCGGUUAAUCUAGAAGAUGAAUUUGGGACCCGAUAUUUAAGCUCGAAAGACUUUUUAAAGUUCGGGUUACUUUCGAGUUUUUUUGGGUUUUUGAUCAUCUUGACCGUUGGGUUUUUUAUCCUGUUACUCUUUGGUUAUUAA